AUGAAGUUUCGCUCAUUGCGGCGCCGAAUGGGAUUGAUUGAGAAGGAUUUACGAUGCAUUCUUCAGCUGGGCUUUGGAUUUAUGCUGCUCUUCUCGGCCUUCAACAGCCAGGGCUUCAUCGAAGUUAGUUUGCAACCCCGUGCUCGUUUGCGCCGCACUGUUAGCUACUCGAUGCUGAUGAUGCCGACUCGCACUAAGGCUGUCGCACUGUUUAACAAACUGGAGAUUAUUUUCAGUUUGGCAAUCAUUUACCUGACGUUCACGUUCUCCAAUCUGCUUGCACCGGCAGUGAUCAGUGUUAUCAGUUCGAAAUGGGCAAUGGUUAUUGGAGCUUUAAUGUACUGCCUCUUUAUGCUUGGCUUCUUGUUCCUCAGUGCACCCGUUCUUUAUACACUUUCUGCGCUUGCUGGCUUUGGCGCUGCCAUGAUCUGGACUGGCCAAGGAACUUAUUUGACGGCCUGUUCACGGGCGGAUACAAUUGCGCGCAACAGUGGCAUUCUUUGGGCGAUGACGCAGUCGUGUUUUAUCUUUGGCGGACUGUUUCUGUUCUGUAUCUCCUUCAUGGGAUCAGUUCUUACUUCGGUGAAAUUGAUGUAUUCAUCGUUCGCUGGGGUUAGCUUCAUUGGUGGAGUUGCGCUAGCAUUGCUGCCAAUUAGUCUGGACUGGGACGAAAGCGUGGCGGAUGAUGGCGGAAGUGAUGUUGAUGUUGUGGAUGGCCGAAUCAGUUUUCAGACUCGUCCUGUACGUGGUGUGGUGACACCACGAGCAGUUGUUUCCUGGAAGGAUGAAUUUUAUAACACGCUUCGUGUUGCCAGUACCCGACGAAUGCUGUUACUGGCUGUUACGUUCAUUUAUACGGGCACUGAGAUGACAUUCUACACGGGAGUCUACUCGGCAUGUUUGGCAGCUUUUGAGCGGCUCAAAGACAACGGAUUCAUCAUCGCGUACAACGCUCUUGCUGUUGGAAUAGGGGAAGUAUCUGGUGGUCUUGCGUUUGGAAUUUUUGCGAAACGUUCGGUUGCAUAUGGGCGAAACCCGAUAAUACUAUUGGGCACGGUCAUUCAUCUGUUGGCAUUUUUUCUCAUUUUUCUAAAUAUACCGAUGGAAGCACCAUUGCAUAGGACAGAUGCCGAAGGUUACAUUGAGCCAAAUUAUGCGAUCGCUAUAUUUAGUGGCUUCUUGCUUGGAUUUGCUGAUAGUUGUUGGAGCACUCAAAUUUUUUCGCUUCUCGGUUCACUUUAUAGUAUCAAUAGUUCAAAUGCUUUCGCACUGUACAAAUUUUAUCAGUCGCUUGCCGCUUGUGCAAGUUUCUACUACGGAUCUUUGUUGCUUUUGCACUGGCAACUGCUCAUAUUGGCUAUCAGUGCCGUGCUCGCGGCAGUCUGCUUUUUUCCCGUUGAAUGGGAAGCUGCAGCAAUGGCGAUACCCCCUCCAAUUUACUCCUGA